AUGUCGUCGACCUCGCCUUCUAAGGAACCAGAACUUGACCCCGAGGUGCAAUCGGGUGAAGAACCAGAGCACAUGGACAAGGAACAACACGACGCGCAGGGACAUCAUGGCGAGUUUGAGGUGAAGGAGCAGGAUCGGUGGCUUCCGAUUGCAAAUGUCGCUCGUAUCAUGAAGCUGGCCCUUCCAGAAAAUGCCAAGAUCGCGAAAGAGGCCAAAGAAUGCAUGCAAGAAUGCGUGAGCGAGUUCAUUUCGUUCAUCACCAGUGAAGCCUCGGAGAAAUGCCAACAGGAGAAGCGCAAGACCGUUAACGGUGAAGACAUUUUAUUUGCGAUGACCUCGCUCGGCUUUGAGAACUACGCGGAAGCCCUGAAGAUUUACCUGUCCAAGUACCGUGAGGUAGGAACUCCCCGCUCCUCCCAGUCACCCCCACCCCCGGACGAAUCCCCAUCCCAGGACCUAGAUGCCCGCACCGCACAAAUGCCAAGUUCGCUUUUACUGAUCGUAUACCAGACACAAUCUGCCCGUGGUGAAAACCAGCGCCCCCCGAGUGCUGGCUACGGCGCCGGAGGACCUGUAGGAGCCCCCGGGCAGGGACCUGCUCGCCCCGCCGGGUUCGCCGACGCCGAGGGUGGAAAUCCCAUGCUGAACCCUAACCUGGACCCCUCCGAGCAAGAUGCCACUGCGUAUGGCUAUCCCUCAAUGGUUGGCCAGCCGCACAACGGUGCAGGUGCGGAGUCGUACUAA